CUUCCUCUGUCCUUUGAGACUUUAAAGGCCAUUCAUGCCCUUGGUCCUAUAUUUGAGGGCCAGGCCUCUGGGACCUACCUAAACUCCAUUUUAGACUCUAAAAUGUUAGAGCCUGGUUUCUAUGUGUUCCAAGUUCCAAUCAGCUUACUCAGAUUUCUUCCCACUCCAAACUUCUGUGAGUGUGAUAUAGGCAUUCUCAGAAUGCAUGUCUCGCCUCUGCCUACAUGUGGUCCAACAGCAUCCUAAUGAGCAGCAGAGACAGGCUCAGGCAAGCUACAGUUCCUGGAAGAAAGCUUCUGUAUGAACAAGCAUGUGCCCACAGGAACAAGAACUCUGCUGGGAUUUUCCUGGGGAGAAUCUUCAUUCCAUUUCUGACAGCCAAAGAUGGCAAGCAAGGGGCCCUCGGCCUCUGCAUCCCCUGAGAACUCCAGUGCAGGGGGGCCCAGUGGUAGCAGCAAUGGUGCUGGUGAGAGUGGAGGGCAGGACAGCACCUUCGAGUGCAACAUCUGCCUGGACACAGCCAAGGACGCCGUCAUCAGCCUGUGUGGCCACCUCUUCUGUUGGCCAUGUUUACAUCAGUGGUUGGAGACCAGACCUAACAGACAGGUGUGUCCAGUUUGCAAAGCUGGCAUCAGCCGAGAUAAGGUCAUCCCCCUCUAUGGCAGGGGCAGCACUGGGCAGCAGGACCCCAGAGAGAAGACCCCUCCCCGACCUCAAGGACAGAGGCCAGAGCCAGAGAACAGAGGGGGAUUUCAAGGAUUUGGAUUUGGAGAUGGUGGCUUCCAGAUGUCUUUUGGAAUUGGGGCAUUUCCCUUUGGGAUAUUUGCCACAGCAUUUAAUAUAAAUGAUGGGCGGCCUCCUCCAGCUGUCCCUGGAACACCCCAGUAUGUGGAUGAGCAGUUCCUAUCACGCCUCUUCCUGUUUGUGGCCCUGGUGAUCAUGUUCUGGCUGUUGAUUGCCUAAUGCUGGGUCCCAGCCUAUAUCCACGGCAGGGCCUCUGGACUGGUGACAUGCCACACCCACUCUCGAUGUUUGGCUCCCUGGCUAAUCCUGACCCCUGGAAUCGGUGGGGUCAGUAACACAUCAAGGAGUUUUGCUUCUCCAUCAGAGCUUUGGGACUCAAGACCUGUUGUCAAGGACUCUGGAGUAUGGCCACUGCUGUAAACACCCUGCUGUAACCUCAGUCUUUGGCAUUGAGUCGUCUCUCAUGAGUUACACCAUGAAGUCCUGUUCCAACCAGCUUAGCAGGUCCUGACUCUGCACAGGGAAGAGGCAGGAAAAGAGAAAUUGUCAGUACAAUUUCACCUGAAUUUAAUAUUACAAAAACAAAGGGAUGAACCAAAUAGAAACUUUCUUUCAUCUCUUUAAAUACCCCUUGGUAAGUGGCUUCCAAAAUCAGUGGGACUCCCCAUAUAGUGAGGCUCCAGAUCCCAGUGCUGCUGUGUUCUAUUUCCUCCUCCUCCUUAGCAGAAAUGCAAGAAAUUGCUGUCCUAUAAAGAUCAUAAUUGCAGCAUCUAAAGCUGGAGUCACUUCAUGAAUUCACCAGAGAGCCAAAGAUCUUUUAUUGGCUCUAGGCCAUGCUCAGUCUCUGGCUGCAGAGAGUGGCUUGAAUGACCUCCUGGUUUCCUGGUGUGUAUUAUCCCCAGAGACAUGUGGUUUCACUCACAGAUUUCCCAUCCUCUCUCCCCCCAAAAAUACGUGCAUCUGCGCCUCUCUGCCAGAGGACACACAGCCGAGACUGCUGCUGAAGCCAGGACUACGCAUCAGGAAAGACCUGCCAUUGGGACUCUGAUGGGAUUUGGAGCUCUGAUGUAGGAACUGAACAAGCAGCCCUUUCCCCAAGCCAAAGUGCGUCCUCUCAGACCCACCCAACGGGAACUGGGGGCUUUGUCAAGUCAGCGCAUGUUGAAGACCAUCUUCCCCAGAAGCCAAAUUGUCCUUUAUGAAGAAGCAGGAGUGGGGAGAUCCGCAUAUGACCCUGAUUUGGGUAUGGCUUGGUGGAUGUGGAUACCCCUGAAAACUCCUUGUAUGUGUACUAAAACCAGGGAAUCAUGCAACUAUGGAGCAGGCAACCCUUGAUGAUUUUUAAUGCCAGACAGCAGGGCCUAGAGAGCCUCAGCACGAUGACAUGGUGUGGUUUUCCCCAGGAAAUUUCCAGGGGAAUCAUUUUCCCAAGCCCUUGACUUGUUUUUCUAGUUCACAAACUUUUUCCUCAGAAUCUGAUUGAGGGAGUGGUUCCAGGCAGGAGGACAGUUCACUUGUGGAAUGGUUCUCACUCUCCUGGUCAGGCCUUUUCCUAGAAACUCAGCCUCUUCCAGGAGAUCCCAGGGGUCGUGGAAGAUGGACUUCCUCUGGGGGCCUCUCUGUCACUUUACCAGUCCACAUUGCUCCUGGCUCACCCCUAGCCAUAGCCAAUAAGUGGUAGAAAGCCCCACCUAGUGCUUUUUUCCAGCUGUGGCUCUGCAUAGCAUGUGGAAACCAAGACCUUGAGGAAGACAGGGGAAGUCCUCCUCUCCUGUCCACAGCCCCCACCCCUUCCCUUCUGUACCUGUCAAUGCCAGAGUUCAGUGUUUAAUCAGACAAAACGUUAAGUGUUGAAAAGGUGGUUCAUUUGCCGAAUCCAUUUGGUAGGACUAAGCUACCAGCUUUACAGUGUCCCUGAUGGAUUUUAAACAUUCUUGGGACACCCACUCAAGAGUGCUCUUUUUAUCACCUCCUGGAAAUCCCAAAAGUCAGAGGGACCCCAACCUCUCAGCACAAGUGAAUUGGUGAGAUCGCUCAGUGCAGUAGCCCCACCUAGUGGUGAGAGAGAGGACUUCAGAUAGAUGGGCCCAACAGAAAUGGGUUUCCAGAAGAAAAGUUUAAAAAGAAAGGGUUGUGGGUAGGAAGACAAAUUAUUGCGACUCUUUGACGAAGUAGAGUGAGCCCAGGAGAACUCCACCAGCAAAGGCAUCCCAGGAACCUGUGAGCCAAGGCAGGUUGGCCAUGUACCCUUUGAUUUUGAACCUUCUAGGCCCCCCACUCACCCUCUACUGGGAGCUGGGGCAGGAGAGCCAACUUGGGACUGCUGGCUCAGCCCCAACAGGAAACCCCCUUCCCACCACCCCUCUGCAGGCUCAUCACCUUGCCCCUCUGCCAAGGCAGUUUUCGUUUCUUUUGUGUGUUUUCUAUGUUGGCGUCCAGCCCGCCCCCCCCCCCCCCCCGCCCCUGCCACCUUUGUGGAUUAGGACCAGGUCCCGACCACAGUCAGAAAAUGACACCAUGUAAAGUGGCACAUCUUGACCAGUCACUAAUUUUCACUGUUGUGAAAGUGAUUUGAUUUAGAAUUAAACAAAUGGUUUUACAUUA